CUAUCAAUCAAAAUGGCGGCUGUUCUUAGAAGAUGUGCAAGCUGUAGCAGCUUUGUGAAGUCUGCAUUGACGGAACGAAAUAGCUUUUCUACUAGUCUUGCUCUCUUUAAGAAAGGUACUUGGUUAUAUCUAGAGGUUAUUACUGGACUUAAAGUUUAUGUAAGCUGAAGCUCAGGUAAAAUCAUGUAAAAUGAACUUGACAAUCUCAGACCUACCAACCCUGAUAGAGGAAAAUCUGGAGACUCAUGAAACAAAUCCUGAGUCUGUAAUUAAGUAGGGCUAGGAAAGAAAGGAAAUUCUUAAUUGCUAAAAUGAAUCUAGGUUGAAUACAAGCACUGUUUUAAACAAAGAACAGAUUUUAUCUGCAACAUAAACUUUAGCAUGGCUAGUUUAAAUGGAACUCAGAUAUAAAACAAAACUAACAAAAUUACGAGGCUUAAUAAAUGUUCUGUAAAAGCAGAAGCAUAUAAUCCUGAAGCAUAUAACCCUGUUCCAAUGUUGGGUUUUUUGGAGAACCACUCAAAAUUUAGGGAAUCACUGAUACCCGAGACUGUCGUGCUAGUGUUAUGAAAACUUUGUAUCGCAAUGUAAACGAAGCACGGCUUAACUACAGAAUACAGGGCAAAUUUUCUAGAUAUAUUCGUUGGGGUGGCUCGGUGGCUCGGUAGUCCUGACUGACGAGCCACCGAGCCGUCGAGCCACUAAACUAUAUAACCUCGACUGAAGAGCCAUCGAGCCGCCGAGCCACUAAAAUAUAUACCUAUAAUCUGCUAUAAUACAUACUAAAAUAUAUGCCUUCUAUGUCUGUCUUAUACUUAUAUGUGUUAUGUCUUUCUCGUUCUUUAAACACUUGUCAUGACUAGCGAGCCACCGAGCCACGUCUGUUUAAGACCUUAAAAUAUGGCGCUGUAUUCUGUAGUUGCUCCUGAAGCACUACAAGGUCGGUGCAAUUACAGUUUUACAGAGUAGAAUUGAACCAAAAUCAGAAUAUUAUUCCCACAAUGACCAGAAUUGAUUUCCUCUGGACAAGACAAAGUCAAAUAAAAUAAUAAUAAACAUCUUAUGGGCCUGGCUUAACUUGGUGAUGAAAGCUAGCACAUGCUUGAAGAGUAUGCGUCAACAUUAUGCGACCUUGUUUUUUUUACCUUAUAGUUUUCAAAGGUUGCUAUCUUUACAUUAAGAGCCAUGGACGAGGUCCAUUCAGAAUAACAAAUAGCAUGUUUUGUAAUAAAAAAAAACUACUUAUCGAGCCUCGAGCAUGAUGUUUUUUUCCCCGGGGGGUACUCCCCUAUAAAAGUGAUGGUGGUGCUCAUCGUACCUUUCAGGGGUUUAAAUUUGUGGACUGGUACCGGACGGUGAUGACUUCAAUUUUCUGAUUCCAAAAUCUGAUAAUCUGGGCAAAAAAUUUUCUGUGCCUCUGAUUGGAAGGCUAAAAAAACCCAGCAUGGUUGUAAACAAAUAAGGGGAACUUAGACUCUUUAGGGCUAUAUGCUUCUGUCUAAACGUAUGAAUCAACCUACACCUAUGCUUACAUAAAAGGUAUAUAUGGAAACUUAUAGCCUACUCUAGAAUAAUGUUUUAGAAUUCUUUGUGCAUGGCUUGAAUGAACUUGUUUCUUUUUAGAUGUUUGGGUUACAUGUACAAAGGCAUUAAUUUCAGCCCAGUUCAUCCAAAACAGAAACUAUGCAGCCUCAGACAAGGACAAAGGUAGGUAUAAGCAUGAGAAAAUCCAAUCAAGAAAUAAAUUCUUUUUGCAUGCACCCACUAUGAUGAUCAAUAAUACAAAAAUUAAUGUAUCUUUUAUUAUAGAGAAAGUUUCGUUAAAUAAGAAUGGAACUUUGCAAGAAUAUGAUUAUUCAGUUUUGAAAAAAAGGGCCUUUUGGUCCAAAAAUCCCAGGACACCGGCCCAAUGAGGUUUUAUCCUCAGUCAACCUAACAUAUAUAGCCUGAUAAAGCAAGUUCCAACAUUUCAUGAGGCUACCACUGGUUUCUCCAUAAAAAAAUGUCAAAGAACAUUUGCAGAAAUUCAAUUCUGAUGGGGCCUCACUACUAGCCAGAUCUGAGUAGUGUUUUUGAAUGGCUGAAAAACUGCUUAAUCCUCUGCUUAAUCCAUUCAGAAGCACUACCCAAUUUUGAGUAGUGAUGUGUCAUAAGAAUGGAAUUUCUGCACUUUUUCCCCAGAAGUUAUUUUUGCCAGAAAACCAGUGGUGGCAUCUCAAAAUGUUAGCUGUUUUCACACGCUACCUAACACAUGCAGCCCACAUGCAAAUUGUCUACUGAAUGGGGCUAUGUUAUGUUUGUUGUCAAUUUGUGAAACUGAAGUGAUAUAAAUUAUUUUUUCGGGUGACAAGAGGAGCCCGCAAUCUCCAGGUUGCUAUUACACAUGCAUUGCACGUAUGUAGCCAUCUUCGUUUGGACUUCCUCUAAGAAUGAAUGGGAUGCAUAAAACACUGAUGUGGUCAUGCACGUUUGGACCUUCUAGCUCUUGUAAUUCAAUCUCGCAUGUUUUGACCUUCGAUCACUUGAAACUUAUUCAAAGCACAGCAUUUGUGCAAAAGUGUUUUAGCCUUUGAUCGAUGUUGCCUGCACUCCGUAACCUUUGGUUAUUACUAGUAUUAAAGAAUUUUAACACUUCCAUAAAAUAUCUUCAGAGUAUGAGAAACUGUGGGCUGCUGUCACUGGUGGGAGAGGAACUGGAAGAGGAACGAAAAAGAAGAUUGUUAAAGGAGUUGACCCUAAGCUUCUUAAGUAUGGUAGGUGUGGUAGUAUAAUAGAAAUAGAAGGAAAAAUCCUACACCACCUACUUUGUUUGAUGAUUGUCCUGUAUUCUAAGGUUAUCAUCCUUGCUUUAAUUUUUAUUUUCCUUAUAAUAGUGUAUAUUUUUGUAUUAUUUUUUAAGUAUUAAAAUAAAACUUGUGCUGUCUUUACCCUUUUUUUAAGUUUUCCAGGACUGCCCCUGUUCAGUUUGACUGAUAUACACUGUAUACAGGGUUUUAAAAAAGUUUUUAAGUAGCAGGCUGAUAAUGAAUAGUAGGCGGCUUUGGAAGUUGCCAAAAGGCACAAGUUCUUGAGGGGCGAGGCAUCUAGGGACAUUUUGAAAUUCAGAGUCUCAGAAAUGCCAUUUCCACAGGUUUUCAAGAGGUAUUGCCAUGUUGUUUUGUCAGAUUAAGACUCGGAACAAUGAUGUCAAAAUGUCCCAGGCAUUCCACGACAUUGCACGGUUCAAACGUUUCACAGAUCUAAACCUGUUUAAAUAUGCAUUCAAUGUCAUUCAAAACUGGGAAGCUGAUGCUUUACCAUUUUAUUGGAUGGUGCUUAUUUUUUGUUACCAGUUAUGGUAUAUGAAAGUAGCUGGCUGAGGAUGGCUAACUAGCAGGCAGUUUUGGCCGGCUACCGGCCCUUACUGACAUUGCUGGUAUAUCAUGUUGCAAAACCAUAUUAAGUUUUGAGGUUGCAUCCUGUGAUAAUUAUGGCCUGAUGAUGUUGUUAUAAUUUUGCCAAUCAUAUGGCAUCUCUCACUCUCUAUAUCUGCCACUUAUAUUUUAAAACAGUAACCAUGUCAGUAACAGGUUGUAAACUAUAAUUAUGGUAAUAAGGUAGAAGUUGUAAUUAAUAUUAUUGGUACUGCAUAUUCUCUGGUAGUGAUAAAAAUAAAUAGUAGUUGUAGAGUUAGUUGGUGUUUUGUGUUAUACAUGUACCUCCACUUGUAACAAGUGGAAAAUGUUUUCAUUCAGUUACCAAAUUUGUACAUUUAUUUUCAUUGCUUCAAAUCUUAGACAAGGCAGGCUUGAAGUGGGAAGGGUUCAAUGCUCCGAUAGGAAUAGGAGAAGAAGAAAAAGUAGAUGAUACAGAAGGUGAAACAGUCCAGAUGAGGACAGUACAGAAAGGAUGGUCAGGAAGAACUUGGCCAGGAAGGUCAAUUGGUUCUCCUCUUACUGCUGAUGGAGGUUUGAUUGUUAAUAAUACCAUAAAUGCUCAAAUUAGGACCCAGGGUGCUUACCUUAUUAUAGGAAAUUAAUGCUUCGAGAAAUUACCGUGAAUUUCAAAUAUUUGCAUUAAUUUAAGUCACGUUAAUUUCUUGAAAUGUCAAUUUCGGCACUGUUAAUUAAGUGGAGCAUUAAUUUCCACAACCUUAAUUUCCCUUAGUUGGAUACACAUCUGACAUUCUUGACACCUGAGAAAGAGGAGUAGUUUAUCAGAAGGUGGAGAUCCACUAGUAAUAGUGAAACAGUGAAGAACCCUUGAAGUGGCCAGAUUUCUUCACUUGAUCCCCUUUGUACAUUUAAGAGAAGUGUCAUGAACAAAGUUUCCAUUUCAGAUUUUAUGUAUUUUUUGUAAGUGUCGAAUUAAUUUCCUUCAUUUUGAAAUGUUAUCCUCUCUUUGCCAUUAAUUUCCUACUUUUUAAAGUCGUUUUCCACUAAAUUUGUGUUAAUUUAAGUUGUGUUAAUUUCCAAUACCUUCCAAUAUUUAAUUUUUGAAGUAGAGGUGGGGGCACUAUUAUUUAUAUUGUUUUUGAAGAGGGGCCGAUCAGAAUUCCACAAGUCAAGGUAACAUUACCCUGUCUAUAUUUCUUUCUAUUUCUAGUGGUGUUGAAGGACUUUCACUCUGUCGUUAUUGAGGUAUGUGAAAAGUGUCUGUUUAUCAAUGCUGAAGCAGAUUUUUUUAGGCUACUUAACUUGAAAGAUUUUAUGUCAUGUCAUUAAUUUUAAUAGUAAUUAAGAAUGGUUGCCUAAUUUAUUAUAAUAGUCUUCACAAUACAUUUUUUUCAUUUUAUUUCUGCUAUUCAUAUUAUAACUAGGAUAAUCGAUCAUCUUCUUUUUGACUUUUAUUUUUUCUCUAUCUGUUUGUUUGGUUGGUUUUUAAUAAUGUUUAAGUUUGCUUUAAGUAAAAAUUGUAAUUUAUGAAAUUAGUAAUAACACAAUUCAUGAUGCCAUAAAUGCAUUUUUGUUGACAGUUGAGGCGUGUGAGCAAUAUGACACCAGGGGGAAGAAAGAAAACUCAACGCGCCAUAGUUGUGGUUGGCAACAAAAAUGGUGUCGCAGGUAAAAUACUUCACUGGGAUUUAUUUGCCUGCCUUUAUUACUGCAAGGUCUUUUUUAAUUUAAAAUAAUUAUUUCCCUUUAAAUGUUAUCCCUUAAACAAAAGUAGUGCCCCAGUUGGGUGGGUCUGGGCUCAUACAAAUCAAUAAUAAAAACAAUAAAACAAUAUAUUUUAGCUAUUGUAAAUUCCAGGAAUUUGUUUUGUUAUCAAGUUAGCUGUGUUUUCUAUGGUACCCUAUACACAUGGCCUCACCAUGUGUAGUUUACAUCAUCUUAGGUGAUAAAUUUCUUAUUUUCUAAACAGAGAAUAAGAUAUCUGAGUAUUUUUUUUUUUUUAAUACAAUGAUAGGUUUUGGAGUGGGCAGAGGACAAGCACCACUGAGUGCAAUGAAACAGGUUUGUGUGUGCUCAUUGUACAUUCUGCAUUUUGUCUUGUGCUUACAUACGUAGCUGUUUUUCCAGGGGGAGGGGAGGGGAUACUCUGACUUUUGGGGGAAGGUGCUAGAACCCUUUGGCCUUCACUAGACCAUUUUUGCCACCUGCAAUUUUUCUUCGCCAUUCACACAUUUAUCACUGAUCCAUUUCCCACAUAAAUGACACCUUGUUCUCGACUAUCACCCUCUGAUUUCUAUCACCAGAUGCCAAACUAAACUGCUUGAAAACCUCACCUUACACAGUGGUAUUUAACAAUUAUUCCUUGAGCCCAAAUGGGCUCUGAGUCAAUAGCCCAUGAGGCCGAAGGCCGAAUGGGCUAUUGACUCAGAGGCCAUGAGGGCAAGAGGAAUAAUUGUUUUAGGAAAAUCCAACUAGUUGGGUGAAAGUAUCGAGAAUAAAAAACUUUUAGCUAGUUAAAGCUAGACUUUAAUCCUUUUUUGCCGCCAAAAAGCCCGCGCUUUUCGCUACUAGUUAGCUAUAACAUGAGCCUAGUAGUAGCUCAACCAAUCAGAACGCAGCAUUGAUAAUAGACCACUAGUUGGAUUUUACUAAAUACCAAUAGCUCUAUGUGGACAUGGCAGAAAGCUUUUUCAUUGGACUGUGUGGCAGGCAUUUGAAUAGGAAAAGGGAAGGGGGUAAUUAAGGAGGGCACGCAGUUGAAGGGCACCCACUGUGUUCUUACAAAGGCCUUUAUUUCUCUUUUCCUUUCCCCUUCAACUGCCUGUCACACAGGCACCUGCCUCCGCUUGACCCUUGACUCCUGCGGGGCUGUUGUAGAGCUGCAGUGAUUUAAACAUCACAGAAAACAAACAAACAAACAAAGCCUUGAUUAUAGCUAUAUAGUUCUGGCCGUGGUUGCUCAAAUUUCGGAUAGUACUAUGCACCAGAUAAAUCACUAUCCAGUGGGUAUUUUCAGGGAAACUACUUACAUUUUGCGCUUCACGUGCAGAUUUAUCCAGUGGAUAGCAUUACCCACCUUAUGAGCAACUGGAACAUGGUUUGUAACCAAGAAAUUAGUUUCAUUUUGUGUUAUUGUUUUUUCUUUCGCAUCAGGCGAGGAACAAAGCUGUGAACUAUCUCUACUUUGUCGAACGCUGCAAUGACCACACAAGUAAGUUAAUUCUUAAUUUUGAUCCAUACUGCAAACUUAAGGACAAAAUGAAGAUACGAAAUAUUAGGCACAAGGGUGAAUCGUCCUCUUCUCUUGCAAUUGACUGCCUUGCAAGUUGAAAAAAUACCUCCUCUAAAACCUGUGCUUAUCCAUUAUUAUAAUAGAGACCUUAGGAUUCUAAGACGAGAACGGCAACAAGAACGAGAUUUUCUCAAUACUAAGUAGUGCGUGUGCGUGAGCCAGUGUCAUUUUGGCGAGAAAACGCGAAUAGCUGCGGUCAUUCUAAUAGGCUGAUUUAGCAACAGGACGGGAACGUCAGUUGACGACGGGAAAGCGCGCGGAAAGGACUAAACACGACUUCCGGUGCUCAAUUUGCCGCUCUGCCAUUGGUCAAUCUAGUUGUUUUGAUUUGCGCGCGCCGUCGUCAACUGACGUUCCCGUUCUGUUGCUAAAUCAGCCUAACUACCGUAUUUAUUCGAAUAAGCGCCCAACCUCGAAUUAGCGCCCACCUCGAAUAAGCGCCCAUCCUAAAGGCAGAAAAAGUUAAUAAGCGCCCAGCCUCGAAUAAGCGCCCACCCCCUCCUCCUCACAAUCAAACUCAAAUUAGCGCUCGCCCUUACCCCACCCACUUGAGUGAAUAAAUUCUAAUAAGAGACUUUUCCGAGGACGGAGUUUUCUUCAGAGUAUUUUAUAGAAACCUUGCUUUAGUACUUCUUCGCGUUUUGUUAUUAGCAUUUAUUGUUUUGUUGCAAAAUAGACAUGCUUCACUUGCUGAAAAUGGUGAAAAUUUAAUAAGCGCCCAGCCUCGAAUAAGCGCCCACCUCGAAUAAGCGCCCACUCUCAAGGUCCAAAAAUUUAAUAAGCGCCCAGGGCGGUUAAUCGAAUAAAUACGGUAUGUGUUUUAGCGCGACUGUCGUGUUGGCGGAAAAAAAGUUAUCAAAUGUCAGAGGUUUUAUCGAUUUUUUGCGAUCGGGAGAAGGCCUUUCGUCCUUUAAAGGGGAGAACAGUGCUAACGUUUCUGGUGCGAAAAAGUGCAAUGAAGCAUCCGGUGUGUCUAUAUUUUUUUUUAUAGAAUAUGCGAAAAAAGCUAAAAAUCAAAUCUCACACUCGUGGUCGUUCUGAUCUCGUCCUUGAAUCUAAAGGUCUCUAAUAUCGUAAUGACGAAAACAAGUUUUCAAAUGUUAGAAGUUUUAUCAUUUUGUGAUCUUAACCUCCUUGAAUAACAAUGAUCAUGCCAACUUUUUGAUGUAGAAAAAACAAUGCAAUGAAGCUUUUCGAGGUGUUUAGUUUUUCAGAAUAUGUGAAAAAAACUUUUGGUUUAAUCGCGUCCGGUCUCUAUGGUUUACUUAGAAGACUCUACCUCGUGUAAAUAGCCUAAAAUGAGUAUCAUGAAAUUGCUGUCAAGGAAGUUUUCGUACUCGCAAAAAUAGUUUUAAAACCAAGAUCUUCAUCAGUUGAAUGUUCAGUUCAACUAUCGGGGCCGCGAUGAGCGGAAAUCUCGUGACCAUUAAUAUUUUUAACGAGCCUUAUAUAGGUGGUAGAUGCAUUUUUCCUCCGAGGACGAAAAUUUUCUUGACAGUGCGUCAAAAGUAGAAAAACAAUCUUUCCGAUAGAUAAAAUGAAAUUGUUGCUUUAAAUUUUCAGUUUCAGCAGAACACAAGGUCUCCUCAUUUUUAACAUUCAAAUGUUGAUAAUUUAACUUAUAUUUACCGUUGUUAAUUUUCAUGUUUAAUUUUGUUAUCCUUUUCUCAGUAUACCAUGACUUGGAAACUAGACACAAGAAGACUAUUAUUAAUUUUUACAGGAAACCUCCAGGUAGCUGUAUACUUUUAUUCCUGGUUUUCCUAGUCUUAUAGAAUCCUAUAGAGCAUAAUCAAAAGCACCCAUCUUUGAAAAGUUCUAACAAUUAAACAGAUCGAAAAAUGACAUCUCCACUUUUGACGCAUUACAUGUAUAUUUAAACCAAACCGUAAAGCUACGUGCAAAAGGACGCAACAACUCCCAACAUUGUUUGGUUCACAAUGCUGGGAGUUGCCACGUCCGUGUUGGCAGUGCAGUGCAAACGGAUGCAACAACUCCCAACAAUGCUGGGACCUGCAAUGCAUCAUGUGAAGGUUACAUCCGUAAGACUUUGGAGGCCAUGUGUAAUGCGCGUGCGUGUCCCCAACAAUGUUGGAAGAGUUGUGCAAACAAAUCCAACAUCAUCUUCAUCUGCCGUGAUGAGAUAUGUGCCCUCUGCAGAUUAUACGACUAGAGUUAGAGUUAGAGUCAUGAAAGAUAUUGUUCAUCGUGGAUAAUGUGUACAAAGGUUUCUUUGAUCGUUUGUCUCACGAUUGUCACAUAGAUAGGGAUCGUGACGUUUCGACCGUGUUCUACAGGUCUUCAUAGUGUCGAUUCACUGAGUAGAAAUAUUUGUACCACCAUGGUUGUCAGUGACUGGUGUAUCACGAUCCUCGCUCGCCAUUACUAGAGGAGAAAACUGUUUCCUCAGCGGUCCUUUAUGGUAACGAUCGGCUGCUAUGUUGUUUAAAUCCAACAUUGUUGCGCUACGCUUUGGCGAUCACGGAACAAAACAAAUGUAGGGAAUCGUUGGCUCAAAAGUUGGACCGGUUUCAAACUUUGCGCAACGACAUGCUGUAUGGUAUGCAACAUGUGCCAUCCAACAAUGUUGGCUGUCGUUGGCCAACAAUAUUGCGUCCGUUUGCACGAGGCUUUAAGAACACAGUAUCCACACGAAAAUUUAAUGCAUCACUGCCUGAGUUCAGUGAAGGAAUAAAUUUACCUCUCUAGGGAGGUUCCACUGAUUUUUGUCCGCCGCAAUUAUGGUUCAUUGAUACGUAAUACCCCGAGUACUGGAGGGUUUUUUUCAGCUAACCGCGAGUGCGGGCGAGAUGCUUCGGGGUGGCCGGCGAAGGCCGAUGCCACGAGCGGCGAAGCCGUGAAGUGGCGCGCGGGUCACUAUAAAGACUUGUCUGGCACCCCCAGGAUAAUGUCCUAGAUACGAAGCACCCAGGGUAUUUGCCAAAGUGUCCAACCGUUUUUUCCUAAUAUCAAAAGUAGACAUUGUGAAUGCUACAACCGGUUGCAAAAAUGUUGAGACAUUCCCGACGGAAAACCGGCCUUUCUUACUUCAAAUCGCUGCUAGUCACGUGUCUAUAAGAUAUAAUACUCACCUCCCUCCUCCCUCUUUUUCAAAGUUGCUCCACUAAGUUUUGAGCAUGGUCUUGCGUUGCUGGCAACUUUUAUAAGGGGAGGAGGAGGGAUCACAAGCACAUGAUCGUGGACGGGCUAUUUAAGCCAAAAUAAGCUAGAGUUUCUCAAGGGGAGGAGGAGGGAUCACAAGCACAUGACCGUGGACAGGCUAUUUAAGCCAAAAUAAAAUAAGCUAGAGUUUCUCAAGUAUUUUUGCGACUGAUUGUAGCCUAGGAUCCUAUAUCAUAUAUAUCUGUUACGUGGAUUAUUUUGAAGUCAUACGAUUGUAAGCUUGUAUACUUUGCCAAGUUAAAUCGUUUCUAUGACGACUUGCAGGUUAUGGACUGCGCUGUCAUCGGGCCAUAAAAGAGAUCGCAGUCCUUCUUGGGAUAAAAGACAUGCGCUGUAAGGUUCGCGGACCCACCACACCUCUUAGUCUGAUUCGAGCUGCUUUCCAGGGUCUACUCAGUCAGGUAAAACAGCAGGGAACUGGAGAAAACGGUACACUAAAUAUGAAACAAGUGUACUCCACUCCCGUGUGAUUUUUGUAAACACUCUUACACUGUAAAAGCUUCGUGUGUUACGGUGAAGAUCGAGCUGCUGUUGCCAUUCGCCAAAAAUUUCGAUCAAUUUGCCAUUUUAGAAAUUGAGAGGAAACUGGGCCGAGUUAACUUUCGCAAAGACUUCUGGGACUGUACUGGGCACGGGAGAUAAAAUUGGCCAAUAGCUGAUCGGCUUGUCCCCAGAAGUCUUUGCGAAAGCUAACUCGACCCAGAUUCUUUCUCGUUUCUAAAGUGUCGAAUUACGGUUUUUGGAAAAAAGCUGCUUUUGGUUCAAGAAGAUUUCUGGGGUAGUCGGGUUGACAACAAAGGCAUCAACCGAUCAUAUCUAGCACGUGUUCAGCGAGACGAAAUCGUUCCCAGAAAUUGUCGCACCAAAGGCUUGUACCCAUUCUAAUCGUUUGUGGAGUGGCGAUACUCGUUAAAUUUCAACCCCAAAAUCGGAUCCCAUUGUUAUAUUUUGAUGUUUUCCCUGUCAUGUUGAAACUUCACAACUCCGUGGCCUAUUUUGAAAAAAUACGACGGAAAUUAAUUUUAUGAGUGAGGUGUAUUGAGGUCGGUGGAAGGGUGAAAUAAUGGAGUGGUGAAAGUAAACAAGAAACUGAAGUGAACAAAAUGAAAAUAUUUUGAAGGCCAUUGGUUGAUUGUUGUUCUAGGAGAAACUGUUUGACUGUCUGGGCUUGUUGGGCAAGAAUUGAAAAUAUUCAGUUAUUAAACGCCAUAAAUUAAAGAAAAGCCAAACUGAACAGUUGUAAAUUUCUAGACAUUUUUUCUUCUCUUCCUCUUUUUACAGGAGACACACCAACAGUUAGCUGAUCGCACUGGCCUUAAUGUGGUAGAACUUAGAGCUGAGUGUGGCAUGAGACCUGUAAUUGUAGCCUCGCCUUCUGUUGAAACCCAGAAAAAGAUGUUGAAAAAGAGAUCAGACAAAGAUGAAUACGACUUAAAUGAAAUAUUUGAUCCUUACAGGGGACUACAUCGGCCUAAGAAAAGGACAGAACUGUUAUGAACAAGAAAAAAUGAAUAACUGCUCAAACACUAUGUUUGCAUGUAUGUUGGAUUGUCACGAAGACAGCCCUCCUCCUUGGCUUGAAGACGCAUGCGCAAUAGAGAAAGCAUGCACAGUCAAAACUGUUGUAACAAACAAUUUUGUGGUGUGCAGGAUGUAUUAGAAUCUUUCGCACAUGUAAUAAAUUUUGAUGUCUAGGAAAGUUCAAAUCAGGUCUGUAGUGUUCUUUCAAAUCAAUCUGUCUUGCUACAAAUCAGGUUAUUGCAGGUUGCGAAAAAAGUUUGUAGAAUGUGGAGAGCAGUUGUACUUGUUUCAACAAAAUAUGUGCA